GUCCCUCCGCAGCGAGUCUUCGGGGUGGAGUAGAGUUUAAUAAAAUACAGUUGUUUUAUUUUUCUUAAACGCAUCGAAACAGCGUCCGGCUCCGACCGCAGAGCUGCGAGAAUAAAAUAAAAAUAAAAAAAGAAGACGGCGCGCCGGGGAAAGUUUGUCCCAAAGGUGUCCGCGGGUUGCGCUUCUCGGCUGCCUCGGACCCUCGACUCUCUAAAAUGGCUGGCUGUGGGUCCGAGGACGCUCCGGUGCGACGGGAAGGAUCCGCUCCACACCGCGGCUGUCUGUAAAUAUGAACACGUUGUGUCUACUCCGACCGACGCGGCGGCGUUGUCGCAGAAACAUAAAUGGGUAUGCCCCAAAAUGGAUACCCAGUUGGCUUCAGUCCUGACCAGGGGCAGCCUGGAUGUCCAAAAUGGCAGCCACUGUGCAGAGGGAUCAGGGCCAGUGACAGAGGGUUUUUUGGACCCAAAGGAAGAAACCUCACACUGUACUGUACCAGGUAGCCUCCAGCCGUGCCCCGAAAAAGCAGCACUGACCAUCAGACAGUCUGCACCAUCAAUCAAUGGGAAUAAGCCAGAGGUGGGCGGCACUUCUAAGCGAGCCUCUCAGGAAACAAGGAGGAGCGGUGUGUUCAGACAGCCAAUCACAGUCAAGACUGGAGUGCCUGUGUUACACAGCCAGCCAAUCAGACUCAAAAUUGUCGUUCCUCCACGGUGCAAGGGGCCAAUCACAAACUCUGCUGCCAUCAGCCUGGCCAAAGACUUUGCUCGCUCACAUUUAAGAAGAUCUGUUUCGGUCUCAGCUGGAGCAAAAAGAAACAGUAAAAUCACAAUAUCUGCUUUUAAGAAUGAAGAAGAGAUCAAAGAAGCUGCUUGUCGUAAGACUGAGGAAGCCAAGCCAAAAUCAUUCCACGAGCAAACACAGUGCAAAGACAAACAUUUUCCGGGUGUUAAAAUCAUUUACGCUGACAGGUCAGAAACCUCUUUAAUUUCAAACCUUAGUACAGCCAAUAAAUUGAACCCGGAAGGGGUCAAAGAGGAAACUACAGAAAGGUCAAUUGAGGAAAAUGUUCCUCUCGUUUUGAAUGAUUUGGAUUUUAAGUCUUGUUUGACAUUCAACGAAAUGGGAACUGAGGAGCAGACGGAACCUUUGGACCUGAGUUUGCCCAAGAAAACAGCGAGUCGAGAGACCAGGUGUGAACACUUCCUUGACGACUCUGGCUGUGAGAGCUCGCUGAUCAUGGAGGUAGAUGAAUACGAGGGAGAUGGAGACAGAGAUAUAGUAGAAGAGGACGAUGACGCCGAAGGAGAGGUCUCUGUGCUGCAUUUGGACGGCGCCGAUACCCUCGAAGACUCUCUCCUGUCUCCCUCCUUCUUCUCUACCUCUGUCUUUACCUCCCUCCCCGCUAUAGACUUUGACGCCAAUGACCUUCUUCUGAUAGACGACGAGGGAAUACCCUACACGCUCGAUCCAGACGGACUUAAGCUGCCCCAAGUCGAUGCCUCCGCCUCAGACGAUCAGGUAGAAAGGGUGGGCUCAGCGCAAUUGUCCACGUUGGCAGAUCCUAGCCUCAGCCAAAGUUCAGACACUGCACUAAAUGCACCUUGUGAUCAUCUUUACUACUCGCCAGCCCCCGCCGCCGAUCCGUCAGCGAGCGCCGAUCAAACGAAGCCUCCCGAAGUCUUCACGAGUUCGCUUACCAACCCAGAGAGCUCUGGAGCUCUGAAGCCGGAGGCUGAAGGUGUUAAUUUAAUCCCCGGCCAUCCCGUUCAGAUCCUCACUAACCCUGCCAAUAACGCUCCUAUUCUCCUGCUGUCCUCCCCCUUUUCCUCACCCCGGCUCUCCUCGGCUCAGACAGGUAUCUCGCUUCCCCUUUCAGUGACUCAGACCUCCCCCGGUGCUUCUAGCCCAAUGUUCCUCCUCCUUUCAUCCGUGGCCCCUUCCUCCGGUGACUCCGCCUCUACCUCCACCCCCAUCGCCGUCCUCGACCCUUCGACCGGCCAACUGUCCCAGAUCACGGCGGCCUCGGCCCCCGUCUCCCUCCCUUUGGCCCCCGGUCAGCUCGCCGCGGCGGGAUUACCCCUGUCCACGCUGUCCUGCCCCGUCAUCACACUGAGCCCCAACCCCCCCCCCGACAUCCUGUCGGUAGGGACCAAUGUGAGCUCCCGCCCUGUCCGUUCGUCCCCUCCUGCCCCUCAAAGCGGCCGCGGGGGCGCGAGCCUUCACUCUCAAGUCAGCCCUUCCCAAUCGAACCCCGGAAGCGAAGCCAUAUCUGCUGAAGAAUUCUCGAGCGAAAACAACAAGCCAUCAACUCUUGCAGCGUCCUCUCCACACCCACGGUCUGCCAGUUUGACCUGUGACCCCUUAGCCCCGCCCCGAUCGCCAGCCUCCGAGCCGGGGUUCGACCCGUCGGACCUGCACUCGGAGCGCUUCCCUCUCGAUGACCAUCUCUACUUUUCCAACGCGGCCGCUCCUCCCUCGCCUCCCGCCGGAGCCGCGCUGCCCUCCGAUAGUCUGGUCCCUCUGGAUCCUCUGUCUCCGGAGGGGUCGCCCGAUGCCCUGGGUCCCCGCAGGGUGCUGUACUGCCAGCUGUGCCCGCGGGUCUUCUUUUACCUCUCCGACCUCGAGCGCCACGCCAUCACGCACUCGCAGAAGAAGCCUCACGUUUGCCAGCAGUGCGGCAAAGCCUUCAAACGCUCCAGCCAUCUGCAGAGACACAAGCACAUCCACACAGGCCAGAGGAACUUUGUGUGCCCCAUCUGCGCCAAACGCUUCAGGGAGGCCGGUGAGCUCCAGCGCCACCAGAGGGUCCACACCGGGGAGAAACCCUACCAGUGCCAACUCUGCCACACGCGCUUUGCCGAGCGCAACACGCUACGCCGGCACACCAAGCGCAAACACCCAUACCACCAAGUAGCCAUGGAAAUGCUGAAUGAGAGAAGGGACAGAGGAGGAGGAGGAGGAGGAGGCGGCGGCGUGGGAUCCGGAGUGCAAGACGAAGAGGAGAGCGCCGAAUGGUACAGCUCCACCGUGUCCAAUUUGGAAAACUCUGAGUCCGAGGUGGAAACUUGAAAGAGUUUCCUGCAGGUAAACUCCAAAGGGAACGGCAGGAGGGGGAUCACAUGUCCGGUUAAACGCUAAACUUUUAGUUUAUUGACACUAAAAAAGGGAGCACUUGCAAUAUUUAUUUCAGUUAUUUUAAGCUAAUUUAUUUUGACAAAUGUAUAUUACUCCCAUUCCAGGUAGUGCUCGAAGCUUCAAUGGCUUCGGCCAGUCAUUAUUGAUUUUGACAUUAGCCUUCCUAAUGGAAAAGAAAAAACGUUGCAUAUGUGUAUAUGCACAUGAAAUAGGAGAGCACAUGCUUGAAAUCAUGAAUUUAAGUGAGUUCAUAAUAUUAAUCAGACUGCCACAUGAAGUCGCAUUCCUAAUGAAUCCAAAAUGAAACCCUCAAGUGCUCAGAAAAGAAGGAUAAUUUAUUUACUCUAAACAGUCCUUUGCUCGAGCUGUGUACAUAAAGAGUGAUACUUCUAAGAGCUGCACUUCUGCACUUCUGCACUAUCUUAUGUGAAGGAUGUAAUCUACCCUUCUUACCGUCAGAGACACUGUGAGUCAUUUGCACUUGUUUUAUUUCAAUAUUUCACUUUUCUUGUUGUGAAGGAAAAUGCUCAUAUUUAUCUUUUGUUGCAGCUGUCAACUUGUAACUCAUCAUUUGAGUAUUUGACCAAAUGUUUUUGAGUUAUUCCUGCAAACAAUAUAUUCAGAUGAUUCAGAUGUUUGAUUUGUAUCAUGUGAAUUUUGUUAAUUUAUUUGAAUUAAAUUUUGUCAACUUUAAA